AAAAAAAAAAAUCUGAACACAUACUAGAAAAACAGCAAAUAUUCUAGACCCCGGGCCGUUUGGUGAAGGGAAAGACCUGAAGACCAGAGCAAAAAAGCAUAACUAUUCCAGCACGGUUUCGGAGUUGUCACUCGGUGGCACAGUGACCUUGAUAAGACCCACCGAAACGGGGUGAAGGAAGAACACUGAAUUCACGACGAGGGAAGCCAGACUAUAAACCUCCCAGGCUGACGUGGAUCGUGAAGCUAAGUGAAGCGAGGGAAUUGAGGCGCUGGGUCAGGGAGGCUACCAACGUAAGCAAUUUUAAGUUGCUGCGUUACCUUCCCUGCCAAAGACGCCGCCCCUCAUCCUUCCGCAACACGCUGGCAUCCUAUUAUUUUCCUCCUCUUCAUCCUUACCUAUCUUUCUGCCCUUCCUUCCCAACUUCUUUACCUCCUAACAAAUAGAAUUGUCUCUACCUUGAAUCUUCUUACCUGGACCUUUCUCUCGUUCGCUCACAUCCUGCUACCUUCCUUGUCCCAUUAUCAUCCCUUAUCAUUCUCUUUUCGUUACAAACAUUUCUUACUUUGACCAUUUUCCUACACCAUUUCCUAACAUUUUUUCUCUUAUUUUGUAUUAUUCUAAACCUCACUUGUUUUUUAUCCAUCCUGCCUCAUACUCUUAUCCUAAACUUUUUUUCCAAUUUUCUCUAAUAAACAAAAAUUUCUUUACCUAGAUUAGAACGUCAUACCUUUCAUUUCCUCUCGUUGUGUUUUAUCCUGACCUUCAACGCCCUGUUAACAAAUCCCUGUUCUAUCCAAUCACUGCCUUUCCUUCCCUGACGCCUGCUUUGUUACAAGUUCUCAAGGAGUUUUAGCAUUGCUGUUCCCUCCAUCUUGUUUCUUCCAUCCUAACGACCACCAAUACUUUCAAACAUAUCCCACUUCGCCAGCAUAUAUCCUCCUACACGCAACUUUCACCUUUCCACCUCCAACCUCCCUCCUGUUAUCCCUUCCUCCUUCCGACGGUAUCUCCUCUCUUGCUUCACUGCCUUGAUUCUUUGUCCCCCGCCAUGGACCCCGCCAGGAUACUUCAAAUCAUCACCAACAGCACGUGGAUGGUGACCAAGCUGGUGGGCAGCGACCCGGUUGAGUUCGAACAGCCGGAGUAUGAGGUGACGGUUCCUGAGAACACCCGCGCUGACCACCUGCUGCGGCUGUCUGCCAGGGUGCGGGCCUCAGCGGUGCCAGUGGUCUACAGGAUAACCGAGAGCAACGCGGCCUCACACUUCUGGAUUCACCCCUCCACUGGAAUCCUUUCCCUCGUGUCGCCACUCGACUUCGAGAAGAAGAAAAAGUACGAAUUGGUGGUGGAGGCGCAGGCGGGCGAGGAGAGCAGCGAGGCACGAGUGAUAGUGAGGGUGGAGGACCAGAACGACCACGCCCCUGUGUUCCCUACGUCCCUACACGAGACUCAAAUCACAGAGGAGGACGACAGGCAUCUUCCUAAAACCAUCCUGACGCAAGUGACGGCGACGGACGCAGACGCGGGGGAGUUCGGUCGCCUCACCUACAGGCUAUCAGGUGACGGUGUGGAGGGCAGCGAGGAGGAGUCCGCCUUCGCUAUCGAUCCCUUGACAGGAGCCAUACGUCUGCUGAGGCCCCUGGACCGCGACCCCCCCCCACGGACGGGCACAGUGGAACCUGCGGGUGACGGCCACGGACGGGGAGCUUGAGGCGCAUACCGACGUCCGUGUUAACGUGAAGGACGUGAACGAUAACGCGCCCUUCUUUCCCUCCCGCACCACCACCGCCGCAGUCUCCGAGGACACGCCUAAAGGUAAGGGGCCGCAUCAAAGAAUACAAGCCAGGCAAUCGCUAUGAAAAUAAAUGUUCUGCGUGAUGGAGUUCUGGUUUAAAUGAGAUAUAUGAGUCACUCGGACACACGCACCAGUAUAAUGAAUUGCCUGCCAGAAGAGCGUGAUAUAAAUGGACCUCUAAAAAUGCACCAAGCACCUAACCAGCUUCCCCAAGGACUGUUCUAGAGUUGUUUUUUUCUUAAUGCCAGUGAU